AGAAAUGGCUCCUCCCUGGAAACGGGCCAUUUAAAAGUGAAGCGCUCCCACUGUCUUGAAAUUCUACAACCGCAGCUGAAGUGCAGAUAUCACACCUGACUGGUCGUUGUGCAGAAAUGAGGUGGUUUGCUGCGCUGUGUCUUCUGCUCCUGCAGACUGGAUCUCAUGGAUUUGACAUAGAUGAAGAAGACGCCUCUCUGAGUCAUCAGGAGAUCACUGAAGCUGCACUCUUAAAGGUCACAUUGGAGGUUUGCCGUGCCGUGGCCAAGGCCGCAGGCAAAGACAUCAAAGAGCCUUCAGGGUCUCUGACUGCUACAUCUGUUGCUGUCGCAUGUGAAGCAGAAAAAUCUUCCAAAUCCUUCAGCAGUGUUAUCGAAGUGAUCCAAGACGAGAACGUGGGAGUCGACCACCGUUUUUUCUGGAGCGCCCGUCACCACUUUGACGCUGAACAAUUUACAAAGGGAAAGAAACUAGUCACAGAUGGCAUCGCCGCUGUGAAGGCCAACAACAAACGCGAAAAAUAUGAAGCGGCAAGAGAGAGACUUGGACAGUUAUUCCACACUUUACAGGAUUUCUACAGUCACAGUAACUGGGUGGAAAUGGGAAACAAGAAUCCAAAUACCAAUCUGAUCAAAGUUAACGCGGACAUUGGAAAAACAGCAGAUAAAGACAGAGCGACAUGUCGGAGCUGUGUUGGAGACGACUGCAAGAACAACAUUUUGGAGGAUAUCUUAAAGGAAAAAAUUCUGACCACAGGAUAUUUUGAUGCUGUUCCUCCAUCCAGCAAACCUGCAGGUAAAUGCAGCCAUGGAGGUAAAUUUGAUAGAACAAGAAAAAUGGACCCUAAAGGUGGGAUCAACAAAGACACGCUUGAUUCUGAACAUGGACAUCUUCACAAUCAAGCAGCAAAUGUGGCCAUAGCUGCAACCAGUGAAGUACUGCAGGACGUUCGAGCAGCUGCUGGUGACAAAGAAUUCCUACAGAUGAUGGGAAUCAAAAAAGGAAAACCUCUUUGCUUUGUGAUUGACACCACAGGAAGCAUGGGCGAUGACAUUUCCACAGUGAGAACUAUCACCACUGAUAUAAUUGACAGUAAAGCGGGAACAGAUGACGAGCCUUCAGAUUACGUUCUUGUACCAUUCAAUGAUCCAGACUUUGGUCCACUGACAAGGACCACAAAUGCAGAUGACUUUAAGCGUGCUAUCAAUUCAUUGACUGCAAGAGGUGGAGGAGAUUUCCCAGAGAUGUGUCUUUCAGGACUUCGGUUGGCUUUAACUGGUUCUCCUCCAGGUUCUGAGAUUUACGUCUUCACAGAUGCAUCUGCUAAAGAUGGGUACCUGUUAAGCGCAGUGCUCGCACUCAUAGAGCGAACCAAAUCAGUGGUGAGUUUCCUGAUUACUGGCUCCCUGGGGUUACGUCGUCGAAGAGAGACUGAUGACGACAAUCAACAACAGCAAGAGCAGUUUCAACGGAUUCUUCCAAAAUCAGCCUCCGUGUACACACAGCUGGCAGAGGCUUCAGGAGGUCAGGCUAUUCAGGUCACCAAAAGUGAGCUGGCUGAGGUCACCAGCAUUAUAACAGAUACCUCCAGUUCCUCUGUGGUCAAGCUUCUUCAAGCUUCCCGGAAUGCUGGAAACCCCGAUAAUUUCACAUUUUCCGUGGACGAUUCAGUGAAGAACCUGACGAUGUACAUCACAGGGCGCUCUCUCUCCUUUACUAUCACCAGUCCUUCAGGUGUAACUCAGAGCAGCACUGACACGACCGGACCACUGGUCGUUUCCUCCAGCACAGUCGGAAACUUCCAGACUGUGAAGCUAAACACACAAGUGGGUGUGUGGAAAGUUGAAAUGGUGUCAACAAGUGCCUACAAUCUGAAGGUCGUGGGUGAAAGUUCCCUUGACUUCCUGUUUACCUUUAUGAAGGAUUCAGAGAGCCCAUAUGGAGGUUUACAGGUCUUAUCCAAUCGCCCCAGAUCUGGUGAAAAUACUACCUUGAGGGUGACAGUAACCGGGAGUGACUCCGCCACGGUGACAGAAGUAACUCUGGUUGAAUUAUUCACAUCAGUGAUGGUUAACGGCAGCGUGGAGGAUCGAGGUGAAGGGGUCUUCUACGUUCUGUUUGACUCGAUACCAUCGGGGGAGUUUGUGGUGUUGGUGAAGGGACAGACCAGCUCCACCAGAAGUGCCGCCAAAUCCUUCCAAAGGCAGUCAUCCUCCACUAUCAAGGCUUCUGCUGUGUCGGUUAGCGCUACUCUUACAACCAGGGUUGCAGAACCAGGAGUAUCAUUUUCCGUUCCUUUCUCUGUGUCGACCAGUGGGACGGGAGGAACCUUCACCAUCACAGAUACUAAUGACCAAGGUUAUAGCUCAUCUUUCCCGCCCAGUUUAUCCCUGCCGACUGGAGGCAGUGCUAACAGCACGGGAACAAUCACAGCACCGUCUGGCACUCCGUCUGGUACUGACGUCACCCUGACCAUUGAGGCGACUUCUCCAGGCGGGGACACCAACUAUGUCGUGCUGCGUUUAACCGUCCUUGUCCCGGUGACUGAUGUCACUGCGCCAGUGUGUCAGCGGUCCAACGUGACGGACGACUGCUCAGACAACUGCACUGAAUCUACGUGGGGGGUCUCUCUGCAGGUGCUCGAUGAGGUCAACGGGACAGGCAUUGAUAGAAUCACCUUCACACAAGGUGACGGGAACUUGAACACCACCCUGCUACCGGGCAACAUAACGCUGCUGACCUACAAUGCGUCCUGUUGCUCACCUGAUGUGGAAAUAAUAGCUGUGGAUAAUGUGGGUAAUGUAAAGUCUUGUUUCUUCUCUGUCCGGAGAGCGACCACCGCGAUGAGCACUACACUCAUCACAACCACCACAGCCGCUAACAACACCACCACCAACUCUAACAGCACUACCACCAUUGUUACCACUCCGUCCAAGACAACAUCAGCUGCUGUGCCAUUGUCUACCGGUGCAGCUCAGCUCUUUGUACUUUUCCUAAGUGUCACAAUUCUAAGCCUCUGUUAACUCAGUCAGUCUAAACAUGUUACUGUGGAUAAAGAAUUGCAUUUUUGAAAAUCAACGUCAUUGCAGUUGCCUAUUUAUAACCUGUGCACAGAGGUGGAAAAUAAUGAAUUACAUUUACUUGCGUUACUGUAAUUGAAUAGGUUUUUUGUGUACUUUAAACUCAUUUGACUUUUACUUAAGUAUGUUUUUUUUGGAAGUACUGUACUUCACUAAAUUUUAAAUCACAUCUGUUACUGAGUAAAAAAAAAAUGUUGGCUUGAAUUUAAAAAAUAAAAAAUAAAUUCACGCGCCAAAAACAGGAGGACAUGUGAAUGAAGGAUAAGGACAGGUGAAUCAAUGAAUGAUGAGGACAGGUGAAUGAAUGAUGACGACAGGUGAAUGAUGAUUGUUAGCUUAAACCUAACAAAUAUGUUUUUCUCUGAGAAUGUUAGAAAUAUUUGUGAACAUAGUUGUGAACAUAAGCUUUUCUACCUGUAUUCAAACUAUAUUUAAAAUAAGAAAAGCAAAUUAUAAUUUAACAGCGUUGUUUAUAUUUGAAAAUUGUAAAGUAAGAACAAAUGCCAGAUAUCGAUGUGUUUCUGUGUUGAGAGUCAAACUAUGGCAUGAGCUCAGAGAAUAGUUCAAAUGAUGUAGCUCUCUAUUAUGUCUCUAUUAUAGCCUUUAUGCUAAAUAUUUUUUGUAUGUAUGUAAAUUAAGAGAAUGUGAUUUAAGUGUAAUUGUUUUUGUUUUGUUUGUUGCUUUUAACAUUUUAAGUUUGCUUGUAUUCUGGGUUAUUCAAUUCAUUGUGCAGGUUAGGAAAAAAUAAUGUCUUGUUGGUAAACAUCAUAAAAAGAUGACGACAUUGGUGGAUUCCAUUUUUAUAUUACUUCUUCAUUUAUCUGAAAUAUAAAAUGUAUGAUGAUCAUUGUGUUUUAUUGUACAUCACCCACCACUGUGUGCAACAUCUGACAGACAGGGAAGUUUGCUAUAGGUUUUUUUUUUCUUCCUCAUAUGACAUCGAGGUUUGACCAUUAGACACCAGAAUAGUCAGCGCAGGUGUCUUUUUCACCCUCCUCCUGCAUUUUGAGGAACGUAUUUGGCUCCUGUGUCAUGUGAUUUGUGACCUCUGCUGUGAGCUCUUGUGAUGCUCUGGUGUCAUAGGUGUUCUUCAUUCAGAAACUGUGUCUAAAAUAUGCCCUUGUUGGCCUGGAAGGCGGAUUUCACGAGUCAUAUGGUAGAGAAGAGAUGGCUAAAAAGGGGUGAUGUUAUGAUUUCUGAUGUCUGUUCGUUAUCGUCUCAGUUCUCCUCAGAUCUGAGCUUCUUCCAAUAAAGCUUUUCAACUCAACUCA